GACUAUUUCACUUACACACAAAAGACAGCAAAUGUGUUGAAUUUUGUUUGAAGUUAAUCAAGAUUUAAUACUGCAUUUUAGGGUAAAGGCGUUUUUUAGUGUAAGAUUCCGGGAUCAGAUUUGGCUACUCAGUUGUAACUACAGGUCUACAUGGGUCCUCAUGCACCUGCUUAUGCUGGUUCUAAGUGGAAUGUGGGUUUUGAUCCAUCUUUAAAGCAAAAUGGUGUAUCUUCCACUCCACCAAUUCGCCUCCCCUCAUACCAUGCAAGUGAGCUAGGACCUUGGUGUGCUGUGAUCUCCUAUGAUGCAUGUGUGCGGCUGUGUCUCAAGUACUGGUCCCUAGGCAGUUCUGAAGCUCGUAUCUUCUUAGAAAAUGAGUGUUCCCUCCUUCGAAGCGCUUUUUGUUUGGAGCAAGUUUUGUUACAACCAGAGGAAGAGUUACUGAAUAAAAGAUCAUCAGAAUUAGUCGUCCAGGGAGUUGUUAAAAAACCACAGAAAACGUAUGGAAAGUUAAAAGUUCAAGUGCGGAAAGUUAAAAUGGGCAUAGAUGUACCUACUGGUUGCACAUUUUCAUCAAUUAAAAACCCUCCUGUGGUGAAGUUGCAAAAAGUGAACCGCCGUUUGUCCAGCAUGAAAACAACAAUGUAUUCAGAGUGGAAGGCGCUAAAGAGAGUUCGAGUGGCACCAACUUUCUCUACUAAUGGAUCACUUUCACAUCAAAGUUUGGCGUAUUUACAUUUUGGCACACAUUAUGUAAAAGAUGUGGCAGGGAUCGUAAAAGUAGGCAUAACAAGUUUGCAUAAUGUCCCUACACCUCCCGAAGAGGUUCAAGAAUCAUAUAUAUGUUCUUUGAGAUUGAAAAGUUCAACUGAUGAUGACGUGACACGGAUGCAGCCAGGAUCCACUGAAAGCCAUGUAUUCUUGCCAGAUGGCAUGAGAGAUGAUUUAGUUAUUGAAGUUACUGAUUCAAAAGGAAAGUAUUGUGGUCACGCCAUUGCUCAACUGGCAGAUAUAGCUGAUGAUACGGGGGAGAAGCUUCGUUGGUGGCCUAUAUACCAUGAGCCGGAACAUGAGCUUGUGGGAAGAAUACAACUACAUAUAAACUAUUCAACUAGUACAGAUGAGAACAGCAAUGUGAAGUGUGGUAUUGUUGCUGAAACUAUUGCAUAUGACUCGGUCUUAGAGGCAGCAAUGAAAGUACAAAAGUUUCAGCAGAGGAACUUGCUUCUUCGUGGUCCAUGGAAGUGGUUGGUAACUAGAUUUGCUUCUUAUUAUGGAGUUUCUGAUGCAUAUACCAAACUAAGAUACCUUCAAUAUGUUAUGGAUGUCGCCACACCAACUGCAGAUUGUCUAAAUGUGGUGCAUGACUUGCUUUCUCCAGUGAUGGUGGGGAAAUUAAAAGGCACUUUAAGCUCCCAAGAGAAUCGCAUGUUGGGGAUCCUUUCGGAUCAAAUUGAACAAACCAUUGCGUUGGCUUUCGAGAACUACAAAUCACUUGAUGAAUCUUCACCAUCUGGAUUAACAGAUACACAUACACAUGUAUCUGGCUUUGUUUCUCCUGCUCUGAAACCUGCUUUAAAGCUAUAUGCUCUUUUGCAUGACAUAUUGUUACCUGAAGCACAACUGCAGCUAUGUAAAUAUUUCCAGACUGCUGUGAGAAAGAUUUUAGGAAGACACUUGGCCGAAACCAAUGAAUUUGUUUCCAGUAAUGGUGAAAAAUCAACAGUUACCCAAGUUGCUUUUUCAUCGGCUUAUCAGAAGAUGAAAUCUCUUUGUUUAAGUAUCCGAGAGGAAAUUGUUAAUGACAUAAAAAUAUAUAAGCAGGAUGUGCUUCCCAGCUUUCUAGAUCUUCCAAAUCUGUCUUCAGCUCUCUAUAGUUCCGAGCUUUGCAACAGAAUACGUGCAUUUCUUAUUGUUUGCCCACCUAUUAGUCUCUCACCUCCUGUGACAGACUUAAUUAUUACAACUUGUGAUUUCCAGAAGGAUCUUGUUUGCUGGAAUAUUAGUCCUGUCAAAGGUGGUGUUGAUUCCAAAGAUUUGUUCCACUCUUACAUAACACAUCGGAUUAAUGCCAAGCACCUUGAACUGCUUGAAGCUUGCAAGCUUGAUAAGGGUGUUGGAUUGCCACAUUCCAUGUCUACUUUUGUUGAUGAUAUGUACAAGCAACUGAAGGAGACCUUUCGUGAAUUUGAAGUCAUUCUCCGUCUUUGGCCUGACUAUACUUUGGCUUUGGAGAAGGUUAUAGCGGAUUCUGAACGGGCAAUUAUGGGAACUCUUGAAAAACAGUAUAGUGAUAUAUUAUCAACACUGAAGGAGAACACAAUCCCGGUUAAGGCAGUACAAUAUGUUCAAAGAUUUGCCAAGGGAAAUGCUUUACCUUAUAGUUUUCCUGAGGAGUUAGGAACUCUUUUCAAUUCGAUGAAGAAGACGCUUGAUGUACUGCAACCUGAUAUUGAAACUCGGUUCAAAUCACACAGCUCAUGCAUUUCAAAAAGUGAAAAUACAGUACCGGGAGAACUUCUGAACGAAGUAACUGUACUGCUGAGAACGAAAUUCAGAAAUUAUCUACAGGCAGCUGUAGAGAAACUUGCUGGAAAUACACGGUUGCAAAAUACUACAAAUUUGAAGAAGGUAAUCCAAGAAGCGAAGGAUAGUGUGGGUGAAUCUGAUAUAAGGCAUAGGAUGCAGCCUUUAAAGGAUCUGUUGUCAAACAUAAUUAGUGAUCUCCAUGGUAUUCUUGAAGUCCAUGUCUUCAUAAUCUUUUGUCGGGCUUUAUGGGAUCGAAUGGGACAGGAUGUGCUGCGAGUGUUGGAAAAAAGGAAAGAGAACUGGUCUUAUAAAGCUUCACGAGUUGCACUUUCUAUUUUGAAUGAGACAUUUUCAUCAGAAAUGCAAAGAUUGAUUGGACAUACGCUAGACGAUAAAGAUUUGGAACUACCCAGAUCAAUCAUAGAAGUGCGGUCGAUGCUGUGCAAAUGAACACCGCAUAUUAUGGUAUCUACACCCAUUCAUUAUCAUCAACAGAAGAUAACCACAUUAUCUCGCCUAGAUUGUUUUUUGUCACGGGUAACUGCUCAUUACCAGAAGAUAGCCAAAUUAUAUUGUAGAGUUUAUAUUUUAGGUUGUAGAAAUUAGGUGCCAAUAUUGAAGUAUCUGUAAUUCAAAAAAGUUGUUAGAGACAAACGUGCAGCUGAAUGAAAUCAUCUCGUUUGACA